UCCACAACAACAACAAAAGAAGGAGCAGUCGGGGGACUGAAGAGGAAACGGACUGAAGGAAAGAAAAAAAGAAAGAAAGAAAGAAAGAAACACUGUGACUCCCGAUGUUCAGUCCUUAAAUUAACCUUUUUUUAUAUUUUAUUUCUUCCGCGAAGAAACCUCUAGUUUUUCUAUUUUUCGAAAAGAAACGCGUCUACCUCAGUUUUCAAGGAUUUUAAUCUCGAUUUGAAGCGUUUACAUCAUCUUGUCUGUGCCGCAGGGCUCGUUUUCUUUGUUUUGCACUCGUCAAACCGACCCCCGACGCCGAGAGAUGUCCAGCCUGUGUCUGCUGCUCCUCAGAUGAUCCACGACCACACCUUAUUGAUGCACUUUAGCACCUUUCCGGAGCCUUCUCCCUGCCGUUAACCCCGCAGCUGAUGACCAAAGUGCGCGCCACGCCUCCCCGCCGUCGCCCCGAGCCACGCGCCCCCCUCGGCCCCUCCCUCAGCCUCAGGCCCCCGAAGGACGUCCCGGGAUGUUCCAGAGGUUCGCCAGCGCUCUGUUCGGGGACGACAUGGAGGAGCUGAGCCGAGGAAACCGACCAGGAGACGGAAAAGAGGAAGAGGAGGACGACGAAGACUGGAUCCUGGUCAACUACCUGGCUGAAGCCUGCUCCGCUCAGUGUGCUGACGGCCUCUCUCGCUCCACCGCCGGUCCUGAGGAAGAGGACGACGACGACGAUGAUGAAGACCUGGUGAUGAUCCCCUCCCCCAUGGCCAGCCCCCCCAUCCGCUACGCCUCCUGCACCUCCCUCAACUCCACGGCCGACACCGACCCUGACGGAGGGCCAGAGGAGGAGGAGGAAGAAGAGGAGGAAGAAGAAGGAGAGAGCGGGUUCCUGCGUCUGGACGCCUGCUCCCUGGAGGAGAGCUGGUUCGUCACCCCCCCUCCCUGCUUCACCGGGAGGGGCAGCAAGCCCAUCCUCCUGGAGACCAGCCCCCUGGAGAACCUGCUGAUCGAACACCCCAGCAUGUCCGUCUACGCCCACCACAGCCCCCCCAGGCUCACCCUCGACGCCCUGCCGCGCUCCCUCGACCUGGAGCUGCAGAGCCUGUUGCCUGGAAACAUGCCCCCCGCCCAGACGGCGUCGGGGGGGAAGGAGAAGGGCAGGCGCAGUCUGGACGGCCCCCGUCACAGGCAGGAUGUAGCGGCCGUCCAGCGUCGCUCCAGCCUCCACUCCGCCUGCUACGCCGCCGCUCUCUCCGCCCGCCCCGGCCUCCUGCAGCCACGUGCCGGUAACGCCGCCCAACGCACCCAACCGCUGUCCCGUAACGCCCUGAGACGCCACAACCUACUGCGCCCCCCGAAGGCCGGCACCGUGCACCUGCACCAGCCCAGCCAGAGACACCUCAACUUCUGAUGAGGUCGUCCUGACAGCUCCACCUUCAUCAUCAUCAUCAUCAUCAUCACCCUCCACCCUCUGAUCUCUUCUUCUGUUUUUUUUUAAAAACAACACCAGCAACAUCAGCCAUUAAUCACACCCAGUCUGUUCUGUAAUCUGAUUGGACGGUGAAAAUAAAGGAAAAUGGCUGACCAUUUUAUCAGCUCAAGUGGCCAGUGGGAGAAAAGUCCCCCCCCCCCCUCCUCCUCCUCCUCCUCCUCCUCUUCAUCGACCCUCCUCCCCGUUGAUGCUGAAAAGAAGGGAUGAGAAAAAGAAAAGGUCAUCCUCCUCCUUUUUGUCCUCGUUUUUCAUCCUCCCCUCCGCUGGACCAGUUUGUGUCCAAUCACAGAGCAGAGGCGUUGUCACGGUUACGUCCUCCUCUGCUCUCCUCCUUCUCUUUCUUCUUCUUCUUCUUUCUUUAUGGACAACUUGAUGUGUAGAAUCAAUGCUGUAGGUCACUUUAUUCAGCGGCAGGUUCGGCGGGUUGCAGGAUGAUGUCAUAGUGAUGUCACAGCUGGCGGGAUCUGGCAACUUUCUGAGCAACUGGGCACAACAUCAGGAGACAUUUCAGAUCCCGAAUCACUUGAACAUGUACAGUGCAGCAGCACAACGGUGCCAUUUAAUCAGUGCAGGAGUGUUGCGGUGGUCGCUCAGAAAGUUGCCAGUAGUGACGCAGAGUUAUGAAACGAUGAGUCGUCGUAGCGGAGAGACAAACUGUGGAGGAAAACAUCCCUCUUAAGAACCCUGAAAAUGUUAUAAUCAGCAAUCUAUUUCUUGCCUUGUGUGUAUAUAUUAAUGCCUACAUUUCCCAGAAUGCCUUUGAGCAGCUGCAACACGAGAGCAGGUCAAUCAAAGGGACAUUUCUCUGAGUUGACCCGUCAAAGUCUGCGUCCUGUUUUUGUACUCUCGCUGUACAAACAGCUGCUCGACGUUUGUUUUCGGCUCUCUAGGGGCUCGUGUCGCGUCCUGAUGAUGUCACCGUGAUGUCAUCAUGGUUAUCUUAAGGUCAUCUUCAGCUUCAGUUUGGAGAUAAGACAUUUAGAUCAAACAAAAAAAACUGCGUCACAAACUCGGGGGGGUGAGGAGGCUGAAAAACGUGCCGCCAGUUACAAAGCUGUUGCAUUAUGGGAAAUGUAGUUAUGUUGGAGUAGACCCACUUAAGAGACUUAAACCUGGGAUAUCUCUGCUUAAACAUUUACCAUCCUCUUUUAUUUAAUCUGUUUCAGUGCAAUACUAAACCUCUGCAGUACGCCUUAGAAGAGAACUUAUGUAAUCGUUUGUCUUCAUGUCAUUUCAUGCAGAGAAACUUCUUUGUUUUCUAAAGUAGCAACACAUAUAAACACUUUGCAACUACACUUCCUUUUUACACUUACAUAAAAAAAUGUGUCCUUUUCACAUUUUGGCAAACACUACCCGAGCAUGAACAUGAACGUGCUGCAUUCAGAUUAUUUUGCUGUGAAAAUGUCGGCUGUAGUCACCGAACGACGGAAGCGUCAAAUUUAGAGUCGUGUCCUGAAACCUGUACUGUAGCUGCCUCGCCGUUAUGUUCUCUGUUUCCUUUGAGAUUGUUGACCACGCUUACAGACAGACGUCCCACCCCCCCCCCCCCCCCCCCCACACCCCCACAGGGUUACUUUCCCGCCUCACAGUUUGUCUCUCUCACGUUUUGCAGCGUCCUGCUCCGCCGCCUGAACCUGCCUCUGACUCUGUAAUUCAGUACUUUUCACAAUAUUUUUCUGAAAAGCUUAAAAAAAAAAAAAAAAAAAAAAAGAAAAAGAAAAAAGACUGUAAAAUUUACUGGGUUGAAUAUCACUAAAAGCCUUGUUUUAACGGUAGCUUUCGACAUGAAUAGAAAUGUAAAAGAAGAAAAUGUAUUUAAAAAAAAAAAAACUUCCAAAAUAUUUUUUUGAAAAGAAAAAAACAAAAUUACAUAUCAGUAUGAAGUUGGUAUAUCUGCGUCUCUGGUUCUUUGCUUAGGUAUGUGUGCGUUCUGUUAGCGUGCGUUCUGUUGCAUGGUUGUAGAGUUGUGUUGCCGUGACGACGGCGGGAAAAAAAAGAAAAUGGAAAAAGAUUUUGUUGUUGUUAUAAUAAUUAUUAUUUUUUUGUUUGUUUCUUAAAAAUGAAUCUGCAGUCCACUUCUCAGGGUCACAACCAAUCACCUUUACUCUUUUUAGGACAAAUGCAGAUUUACUUGACGGCUGAUGAAUCUUUGUGCGUGCUCGGACUUUUCCAGCUCCGUCCCGGCGAGCUUUUUUCCCCCCCUUCUUGAAAAUGUUUUGAGAGGAAUAAUCGACUUCUUUGCUUUGGUUUUCUGGACUGUGAACAUGAACUCUUGACGCUCUCGGUCGACUGUUGGAAAUCCAUCAAGGAAGAGAGAGAAGCUGUUGGUCUUUUUUUAAAUUUUUAUUAUUAUUGUUUAUAUUUUGUUUCAAAUGUACCGAACGUGGUUUUUAAAGCUCUUUUGUUUUUCAUGUUAACUUUAGUUACAUUUGCUAAAACUGUUAAAAUAUUUAAACCAAAAAAGUAGCAACGAUCUUUAACCCUUCACUAGUUUCAUAUUAACGUUCUGAUGUUCUUUAUUAUUCUUUGUUCUUGUUUAACAUGUUGAGUGUUAGUUGAAGCUCUCGGCCGCGGCGCUCCGAUUUAAGCGCCCGCUGUAUCGGGGAACGUGGAGCCCGAGCCGCGUCGCCACACUGCAGGGGGAGUGAUAGCAUCCAUCAUACAGAAAGUGACUGAAGUGUACGGAGGCCAGCGGCUGCCAGGAAAAGAAAAAACAAAUGAGAAAAUUUACAAAUUCUGUUAAUUCUGUUUCCCUGAAUGAAGCGGAUUGUCUCUCAGGAAAAGAUCUACAUUUCUUAGAUAAUCAUGUCGUUAAUCCAGAGAAACAAGAAGUCAGCACACUCCGCGUCCUUUCAUGUUUGUAUCAUCUGGAAAGAGAUAAAAUACGGACGUGUUUCAUCAGCGUUCGCUUUAAAGGAUUGUUUGAGUGCGCUCACUUUUCUGUUUUCUAGUCGUCGUUUUGUGGUCGUGCACCUGAAGAGUUUUUUACAGUGUGCUCCUCCUUCUGCUGUUCUGAGAUCAGAGAAACAGCUUUCUUUAUGAAGUGCGUUUUGUUCUACGAGACCUUCACUAUUUUAAUGAUGAGUCAGCACGUGUUUGAUUAAAUCUCAUCAGAGCGACUCCUCGUCUGAUAUUUGUGAGUUAAAACAGUUCAGAGUUUGUUAAGUUUCAGUUUCAGAUCGACUAACUUCAGGGAAACGAUUUCUUACUUUUCAUGGAUCUUUUUAUUUUUUCUUGGCAGACAUGAGCUUCCGUACCACAAAUUGAACCUUGAGCUGUUUUCACAUCCUGCACUCUUGAAAUCCUCCUGAUCGUGUCACCUUGGGAGAGUCUUUGAGGAGUUUUGUGCAUGUGUGAAAGCAGCUAAAAGAUUCCUUUCGAGAUUAUUUCCCAGCAUGCACCUGGAGGAAAUUUACAACUAUACCUAUUGAGCGAUAAGCGGAAACUGGUGGAGUUGUGGAGAGAGCGAGAACGCCUCUCUGACGACGUGUCCUCUCCUUUGAACCAAAACAAAGCACUAUUACAUUUACUUUUCUGGAGCCGUCUGAUAAAAAUCCACUAUGUGCUGAUGUUUCCUCUUGAUGUGAGAGGCUAGACCUUCACGCGUUGUCGUUUUUUCUUUAAGGAAUAUUCUUAAAAACGUGUUUUCUCGGCUGCGUCCUUCAUCCUGAACCGCUGAAGAAGACGCUCAGUGAUUGGACGCCGUCAGUGUGAACACUCAGCAGUCACUUGUAAUCGAUGGGUUUGGUGUGUUUUGCAGUGUGGUUCCGUUUGAUUCUGUGGACGGUAGCGUUAUUAAGAAAGCACUAACAUGUUUGUUAGACGACUCGCUGUACAUAAUGGUAUGUGAUAGAUAGUCGAGUGGUUCUCUCUGGUGUAUUUAAGCUCUUCUUUUACUUCUCGAAUGUCUCUCUCUCUUUCUGCUCCGGUGGACUUUAUUAUUUGUGUUACUAUACAAUGUUUUAAAAAAAAAAAAGAAGGCGAAACUUAAAGACAGAAGGGAUCGGAGGAGCGAGGCGAGGUCUGCUCCUCCUGCUGUCAGGAGCCUUUUUCAAAAAAACAGUUUUUAUUGUCCACGUCGUGUUCUCAGUUCAUCUCUCCAUCUUCAGACUAACAGGGAUUUUUAAUGUUUUUGUUCAAUGCCUUGAAAUUUGUGGAUCACGUGCCUUCCAGGUUGAAAUGUUUAUAAUGACAAUGCAUCAAUGAAGAACUUGAACUCCCUUUUUGUUUUACGUCCCGAGUGGACGUAAUAAAAGAACCCCCCCAACCCCCCCACAAACAGACAUCAGAAACCAACUAUGCACCACUCGGAGGAAGUCGCCCGCCCAGCGCCGUGUACAGAUUUUAUAAUGACUCAACAAACCAGACAGAAUGAUGUAGCAACACUUGUUUUCUCCUCGUUUGUUUUGAAAUAACAGUGUGAAGAAUAUUUUGUGGCAUUUCUAUUUUUCACCAAGUGUUAGCCUCUCUUAUUUUAUUUUUGUUUUGUUGUGUAGUUUACUGGAAUAAUACAGCACUUUGCCAAAAAGAAAAAAAAGGUGUAGGAUUCGUUAGGGUUUUUAUUUAUCGACAUAAUAACUGGUCUCCUUCUUUGUGUUUUUUGGAUGUUCGACAGAUCAAAUCACUCUGUUCUGAUGUCAAAAAGAAAAAGCUAAUUACAAUUGGGGGUCAUCUGUUUUCAAACUGUAUUAGUUAAUACAUGUGAUCUCUUAUUAGCCUUCAAUAAAUGUUUUCAUACACAAAUCUC